AUACACCUUUCUCAUUAAAAAGGCUGUCUCUAGUGCUAUAUUCAUAUUUGGUAAGCCAACAACAAAUUCCUCCCAUUGUUUAACCUUUCAUAUUAAAGCUUCAAUUUUCUCAUAAGAUUGAAAAUGAAGAUUUCAGUAGUGGUGCUUUUCAUUUCCCUAAUUCUAUGCUCUGCCUUGCUCGAUAUCAAUAAUGCUCAGCCACUUUCGCCAUCUCAAUCUCCUGAUACUGUUGAAUCCACCACAGGAUUCUGCAGCAACAAAUGUGGUGUAAGAUGCGCACUAAAGGGGGUAGAUUCAAGAUGCAUGAAGUACUGCAUGAUGUGCUGUGGGAAGUGCAGCUGUGUUCCUUCUGGCACUUCCGGGAACUUGAAUGAAUGCCCUUGUUACAGAGACUGGAAGGCCCCAAAUGGCAGACCCAAGUGCCCUUAAUUCUAUGGUUAAUAUUAUGUCAUUUCCUAAACUUUAUGCUGUGUUAAAUACUUAAAUAUACCUAUCUAGAUGGAUGUAUGUCCACCAUUUUGCUACUUAGGUUCUCUAUAUACCAACUCCUAUCUUGUAACCUGAAUUUCUCAUUUCAGUCAUUGUUGCAACUGAGAAUUACCUAAAAUUAUCUUAUCAGA